AUGGAUUCAUUCUCCAAUCGAGUCAAGACAUUUGAUGCAUUCCCAAAAGUAGAUCCACAACAUCAAGUACGAUCUCAAAGAGGUGGAUUUUCAACAAUAUUAACUUAUUUUUUUGGACUUUUAAUACUAUGGAUUGAAGUUGGUGGUUUUAUAGGAGGUUAUAUAGAUAGACAAUUCAUAGUGGAUGAUGUGAUUAGAUCUGAUUUGACAAUUAACUUGGAUAUGAUGGUUGCAAUGCCAUGUGAGUAUUUACAUACAAACGUUGAAGACAUAACAAGAGAUCGAUUUUUAGCAGGUGAAACUUUAAAUUUUGAAGGAGUAAAUUUCUUCAUUCCUCAAGGAUUUAAAAUAAAUAAUCCUAAUGAUUUUCAUGAAUCACCUGAUUUGGACCAAGUAAUGCAGGAAAGUUUAAGAGCUGAAUUUAGGUCAAGUGGUCAGAGAGUUAAUCAAGGUGCUCCAGCAUGUCAUAUUUUUGGACAAAUUCCAGUAAAUCAAGUUAAAGGAGAUUUUAGAAUAACAGCUAAAGGUUUUGGUUAUAUGGAUAGACUGCAAGUUCCAAUAGAAGCAUUUAAUUUUAGUCAUGUGAUACAAGAGUUUUCAUUUGGAGAAUUUUUCCCAUUUUUAAACAAUCCUUUAGAUGCUACUGGAAAAAUUACUGAGGAACAUUUACAAGUAUAUGGAUAUUAUGCAAAGGUUGUUCCAACAAUUUAUGAAAAAUUGGGUCUUGAGGUUGACACAAAUCAAUAUUCAUUAACUGAAAAUCAUUUAGUUGUUCAAUUUGAUCAAAUAACUAAAAGAGCUCAAGGCGUUCCAGGAAUUUAUUUCAGAUAUAAUUUUGAGCCAAUUAAAUUAAUGAUUAGAGAGAAACGUAUACCGUUUCUACAAUUUGUUGCAAAAUUAGGUGUUAUUGGUGGCGGAUUGUUAGUAGCUGCUGGUUAUCUUUUCAAAUUGUAUGAAAAAUUAUUACUAAUACUAUUUGGAAAGAAGUAUGUUGAUAAAGGUAAAGAGAAGAAGGAAGCGGGUUUAAUAAAUUGA